AUGCCGAGAUCAGGCACUUCUACCGAAUGGUCCGUCGAAUAUGAUACACUCCGCCGCCAAAAACUCUUCAGAAGCCCUCCCUCAGACCGCAGCGCGUACCCCGCAUUGGCUGCGGCCGUCCGACCUCAUGUCGAAUCCUUCAACGCACUCUUUGAGAAUCAGAAGCUCGUUGAAGAGGGUCUUCUGGAUACCGGUAUCCAUACGGUCGUUGAUGGUGAUCCUCGCGACACGAAUAGGGACUUGGCCAGAAACAGACUCGAUCUACGGGUGGCGGAUGUGGUAUUGGAAAAGCCUGUCCUUCCUGCUUCGAAUAAAUUUAGCGUCCGCCGUCGAGAGAUUCUUCCAUCGGAAUGUCGGGAGAGACACGUUUCCUAUCGAGGGAAGCUAAAAGCCAAACUACAAUGGCGGACGAACAAUGGUGACUGGUUUGAGAGUUGGCGAGAAUUCGGUCAGAUGCCGAUCAUGCUGAGGACCAAUCGGUGUCAUUUGCAGAAGUAUACACCGAGUCAACUGGUUCAGCAUAAAGAAGAGUCCGAGGAGCAGGGUGGCUAUUUUAUCAUCAACGGCAAUGAAAGGCUGAUACGAAUGCUUAUUCUAUCGAGACGAAAUUAUCCCAUGGCAAUCAUCAGAAAUACUUUUACUAGCAGAGGUCCCACUUUCACAAAGUUUGCUGUUCAAAUCCGAUCCGUGAGGCCUGAUCAGACAUCACAGACUAAUGUACUCCACUACUUGAGCGAUGGAAAUGUGACCUUCCGUUUUUCUUGGAAGAAAGCUGAAUACCUAAUUCCUGUGAUGAUGAUACUCAAAGCCCUAGUCGAGACGAAUGAUCGAGAGAUAUACGAAGGAAUUGUGGGCCCGUUAACGAAGCAGUCAUCAAAUUCUUUUGUUACGGAUCGACUAGAGAUGUUGCUCCGUACGUACAAAGUCUACGGCCUCGUCGGUAAAAGGAAAACAAGGGCAUACUUGGGCGAGAAAUUUCGUUCGGUUCUUGAUAUUCCCAUAACCAUGUCGGACGAAGAAGUCGGUGUGAAAUUUUUGAGGAAGGUCGUGAUGCCACAUCUGGGAAACUAUAAUGUUACUGAGACACAGGACAAUGACAAAUUUCAACAGCUCCUGUUCAUGAUUCGAAAGCUUUAUGCGUUAGCAGCAGGCGAGUGUGCGGUAGACAAUCCCGAUGCGGUCUCCAAUCAGGAAGUCCUGUUAGGUGGGUUUCUUUAUGGCAUGGUUUUGAAAGAAAGAAUACAAGAAUGGUUGACAACAGUUGGGUCUCUAGCAGUAGAGUGGGCAAAUGUCAAAGACAGGAAGUUUGCAGACCCAUCCUUCAAUACGGACUUCCUGCCGACAGUUGUGAAAAGGAGCAAUGAAAAUAUUGGUAACUUACUGGAAUACUUCCUUUCCACAGGUAACCUAGUCAGCCCGACAGGCCUUGAUCUAUCACAAACAUCAGGCUUUUCUGUUGUUGCCGAAAAGAUCAACUUCUACAGAUUCAUCAGCCAUUUUCGAAUGAUACACAGAGGAAAUUUCUUUGCACAACUUAAGACCACGACGGUACGGAAACUGCUGCCUGAGAGUUGGGGGUUUCUUUGUCCUGUCCAUACCCCUGACGGAUCUCCUUGUGGAUUGCUCAACCAUCUUGCACACCAAUGCGAAGUACACGUAGCCAAUACAGAUGUUUCGGGUGUUGAGGCUGCUCUUGUUAAGCUGGGUAUUUUUGGCCAGCCUUCACUUGCUGUCAGUGAAAGUGUGGUCAUCCAACUAGAUGGCAGAAUCUUGGGAUACUGCUCGCCCCCACAAGCUCGAAUGAUUGCGCAUACUUUGAGACACUGGAAGGUCAAGGGAGAGAAUGACAUACCAUUAGAGCUGGAGAUUGGCUUUGUGCCGAAUUCGAACCGUGGUCUCUAUCCUGGAUUGUAUCUAUUCUCGAAAGCCUCGCGAAUGAUGCGGCGGGUGAAAUACUUGCCACUAGACAAACCAGAUUACAUUGGUCCUUUCGAACAGCCUUUCAUGGAGAUUGCUUGUGUCGCUACCGAUGUUAUUCCUGGACUCAGCACUCAUAUGGAGUAUGAACCAACCAACGUGCUUUCUAUUCUCGCAAAUAUGACCCCUUUCUCCGACUUCAAUCAAUCUCCUCGAAACAUGUAUCAAUGCCAGAUGAGCAAACAAGCCAUGGGUACCCCCGGGACGUCUUUGAAAUAUCGCACAGAUAACAAAGCAUAUCUCCUUCAAACUGGACAGACGCCGAUCGUCCGUCCUCCACUGUACAAUAAAUAUGGCCUCGACAAUUUCCCUAACGGUAUGAACGCGGUUGUAGCUGUCAUUUCGUAUACUGGCUAUGAUAUGGAUGACGCUAUGAUCAUCAACAAAUCCUCGCAUGAACGCGGCUUUGGCGACGGAGUCAUCUACAAAACGAAGCUGUAUUCACUGGAGGCAGAGUCGCGUGGUCGGACCAGGUCAAAGGCUGAUAUUACCAAGCUGUUUGGCUUUGCCCCCCAAGGGGAGCGAGAUCCGAAAGCAACCGACAUUUUGGACGAAGAUGGUAUCGCCUUCAUCGGCUCUCGGGUGCGAGAAGGAGAUAUAGUUGCGGCAUACCAUUCCGUCAUGUUCGACCCCAGUGCUGGCAAGCAUCAAAAUCUUGACCAAAGAACGUCAUUCUUCAAGUACAAAGAUCCAGAAGAGGCAUACAUUGAACAUAUCCGACUCAUUGGCUCCGAGACUGGCGAUCAACCGUGUCAAGCCCUCAGCAUCAAAUAUCGUAUUCCAAGACGACCAGUGAUUGGUGAUAAAUUCUCUUCGCGUCACGGUCAGAAGGGUGUGUGCUCGCAAUUAUGGCCAUCAAUCAACAUGCCGUUCUCAGAAACUGGCAUUCAACCGGAUGUCAUUAUCAAUCCCCACGCCUUUCCCAGUCGAAUGACCAUCGGCAUGUUCGUCGAAUCACUUGCAGGAAAAGCGGGUGCCCUACAUGGCCUGGCACAGGACUCGACUCCAUUCCAAUUCUCGGAGGAAGACACUGCGGGUGAUUAUUUCGGCCACCAACUCCAGGCAGCAGGUUUCAACUUCCACGGCAAUGAGCCCAUGUAUUCCGGCGUCACUGGCAAAGAAUUCGCAGCCGACAUCUACCUCGGCGUUGUCUAUUACCAGCGAUUGAGACAUAUGGUCAGCGACAAGUUCCAAGUACGUACCACAGGUCCGGUGGGUGCAUUGACUGGUCAGCCGGUCAAAGGACGGAGUAAGGGUGGUGGUAUCCGAGUUGGGGAGAUGGAACGGGAUGCCUUGAUCGCACAUGGCGCGGCUUUUUUGCUGCAAGAUCGACUCAUGGACUGUUCCGAUGCUACAAGGGCUUGGAUCUGUCGGAAUUGCGGGAGUUUUCUGAGCACCCAGGUCAGUAUAAGUGCCUAUACUCUGAAGAGUAGAGGGGCCGGAAUAGGCGGUGGUCAGCAGACGAGUGGAGUGGUGAGAUGUCGCGCUUGUGCCAGGAAAGCUCUCAUUGGAGAUUCGAAGAUGGACAUCUGGGAGGAUGGGAAUGGUGCCAGGUUUGUCGGGGGUGAGGAUACGACGGUUGUGAAUGUGCCGGGGGUGUUGAGGUAUCUGGAUGUCGAAUUGAGUGCUAUGGGUGUCAAGAUGAAGUUUAGAGUAGAGCCAUGA